CUGGCUUUGUGGAUAUAUUUCUUCGGGAUUUGUAUGUGAUGCCAUUACUAUUUCAAGAAUUUUCUUUUGAGCCCAUUUGGAUGUUCCUACAGUCUCUUGAUAGAUUUAAAUUUGUUCAAUUGAUAUUAAGCUUUUGCUUCCUAGCUUUGAUAGUUCUUUUAAAUAUCCUAGACGGUCUCAUUUUACCCAGUCGCUUUCCACUCUUCUGGGAUUUGUUUGAGGUUUGAUGCUGAAAUGAUCCCUUCUCUCUCAAUUUCUGGGGCAAACCUUGCUCUUUCAAGAACUUUUGCUGAUGCUUCUGGCUCUUAGCAAAGGUUUUGGUGAACACUGGGUCUUCUCAGUUCUUUAAUAAAAGUGUGCCAAAUUUAGAAUCCUUGUGUUGAAUCGCUUUGGAUUUCAAUUUAGGUAAGUUAUAAUUGACAUCUUUUGUUGUAAAGCUCUUAUUUUGAGACACACAGGCUGAUAUAUUAAUCCUACUUUUAGCAGUUGAAAUUCUAGUCUUAAUACGCUUCACAACCUUUCCACCAGUCUUGGGCUGAUUGAUAGCAGCAGCUUGUUGAAGAUAAUUAUUCACAUGAGAAGUGCUGCUUCUAUGUUUGCUAUUAUGCCUUCUAGGAGACUUCGAUCAAAUCUUGAUCGAAGCAUAUCCCUUCAAGGCAUGCUUAGAAGUAGAAAUCAUUGGUCUCUGGAUCAGUCUUCCUCUUCUUGAGGAAGGGUUGUCAUCAAGAAUACUAAAUAAGUGUAUUUUUAUUCUUCUCCUUGGGUCUGCGUAAGGGACUUAUCUUGAGCUGGUUCUUUUUAGCCAGAACGCUGGAAAUUCAUUCUUGAAGGUAUUUUAUAAAGUCUAUGUCUUUAUUUUGCUGUUGAAUUGAUUCUCUUGUGAGUCUUGCGUUUGUUGAUUUUUGUUAGUCUCAGAGCCUCGUUAUAAGCCCAAAGGCAUUGAGAGUAUUGCUCUAGGUGUUCUAGCUCAGCACCGAGGUUGAAGAAUCCUUUUGCUAAGGUAUCAGCAUAUUCUAUCAUUGCUUGGCUUUGAGAAUGAGAAAUACUGUUGUUUUUGAUCACAUCUGAAGAGUCUGAUUCUGGCUCAAUGAUACAUUUUUGGAGUAAUAAAAUUCCGGUUUGAGCAUGCUCAACAGCUUUACUUAUGCUUUCCAAGAGUUGAAAGAGAUGCUCAAAGAUUAAAUUUAUCAAUAGCUUUCUGAUAAAGCUCUUUGUUAAGCUCUGUGCUCUUUUUGUAAUGUUUCAAAUUUUUGCUUUGUUGGAUAUAUUUUUGGGGACUCUUACUCCUUC